CGACAGAGGCGCCAAAAGUUUAAAUUUGUUUCAGUUGACGGCGAGGGUCUCGAGCGUAUACUCGGUUAGUACAUUAGUUUGGUGUUAUUUGUAGAGUUUCAAUAAUGUCGGACCAACAAUGUGUGAAAGAUGACAUGGCUGAAAACACUUUCCCGGUGUAUAAGGUGGACGCUAUCGUGCAGUUCUACCGGACCGAGGUUCUGACCGGACAAGAGGCCAAACACUUCACCAAGAACGACAUCACCCCGAGCCCGAAGGCAGAGUCCAUCCAGAGAGUCUACAUGAGGGUUCUGCAGCUUCUGUUCCGCUUCAGACCCGAGUGCCAUUACACUGUGCCCCUGUCGGAGAACCUGCAGCACCCCAUGCUGUACGAGUGGGUGUCCCCCAUCAUGAGUGUGUACAUGCGCAUGUGCGAGUUCUUACCGUUGUGUCAUGUGUUUGAUUUCUCCCUCAAUGACUUGCUCAACCCUAAGAGCAAGCGGACGAUCGUUAUCCUGAGUGCGAUCCAGAACUACCUGCACUUCAGGAAGCAGAGGAUGGAGACCAUCGCAGACCACCAGCAGAGUUUUCGGUCAGUUAUGGACAGACUCCAGACAUACACCAGAGAAAUAAAGGAAGCAGAGAGAAAGAUUGAGAAACUGACGACCAUUCCCCCGGAGCAGCAAGCCGAGGCUAAAGAGCUAGCGAGCGCUCUGUCCGAGCUGGCCACUAGCAUGCAGCACGAGUACCAGGAUGUGAACACCAUGAAUGAAGCGGUCGCACAGUGCAAGACUGAGAUAGCUGAGCUCUCACAGAAACUGACUCAGAGGAGAGUGGACGUGACCUCACUGAAGGAUGAGCUGGUCAAGCUGAAGUCUCAGAUCGUGGAGUCGCCUGAAGAACUGAAGAAUGAGAUGGAGAGGAUGAAGGAGAACGUCAAGAGCAUUAGGAUGUCAAAGGAGCUGGCGGACGAGCGGCUGGUGGAGCUGCAGAUGCUGGUGCAGUGUGCUGGGCAGGUGGAGGCAGAGAUCCAGGUGUUGCUCAAGCAGCAGCAGGACUUACAAGGCAGCAUGUGUAAGACCAACCAGCAGAAGGAGGAGGUCCAGAGCUUGGCAGCCCUGUACGAAGCCUUGCAGAAAGAGCUGAAGAACCUGAGCAGUGAAGAAGGCCAGCUGAAGAGGGCUCUGGCCAUGAAACUGGACAAAGAGUCCAAACAACAGAUCCGCCGACAGAAGAAGAAAGAGGUGAAGGAUCAGCACGUCAAGAAUAUUUAUGGGCAAUAUGACAAAAUCCACCAGAAACGAGAGGAGAUUGUGAAGAUGAUUGAAGAAAGCAACCGUGAAACUAAAAUGUUCAGAGAGAAGAUGCAGAAGCUGAGAGAAAAGUGCAACCAGCAAACCCAAAAAGCACAGGAGUUCUACGAGCGUCUUCUCACGACUCUGGAGCAGUACAACAAGCGGAUCGAGAGCAUCGUGGUGGAGACCAAUGCAGACACCUUAAAAAUGAAAUCACACUUCUAGAUUCUGUUUUAUACUCCUCACUGUCUUCAGAUUCAUUUGUUCACUGUUUUGUCAUUUCUAAAUGUUUCUUGCUAAUAGAAUUGUUUUGAAUGUUAGGUAGCAAAAAGUCUUUUAUUUGGUCUACUUGUACAGCAAAUACUCUUGACUCCUAAAAACUGUCUUGUUCUUUUAUAAAACGCAUUUUUUGGGAA